UUAAUAUUUUACUAAAUUACCCAGAAUUGGAAUAACUUUGCCCAAAGUGAAAAAAAAAUUCUUUCCUCUCUGCUUAGUUUUGUUGACCAUAAAGACUUACUUUCUAUUUCCAAGCUUGCUUACAACAGCCGCUUCUUCAACCAAUGGAUUAUUAAUCACAAAAUAAAAUAUCUCUUUCCUCUCCAUGUAGUCUGCCACUUCCAUUCCAAACAACAAAGGACCAGUUCCCUUGGCUCCCUGCAUCUUGCAAUGCCCUGUGAAUAAGAAGCAGCAGCAGCAGAAGAGGUUCAAUGGGACAAGUUCUCUCCUUCGUUCGAAAACGUGUGUUGGGUAAACUUUUCAACUACACUAAAAAUUGUUUCUGUCCUCAAGGGAAGGAAAGAGAAGACCCAAAUGAAAACUGUAGCCAAUGCAUUUCUAUACCAGAGUUGUCUGAUACUUCAAGUGACAGUGAGACAGACUCAAGCUUUAAAUUACAUCAAAAUGUGACCUCUGCAUGCAUUGAUAUUGUGGAAGAGAACAGGCAGGGUUCUGCAUAUCAUGUCUUGGAAGUUGGAGCCCAAGAAAGAUGGAUACGGCAUUAUUGCAGUUUUCACAAGAUUUUGUUGGUGGGUGAAGGGGAUUUUUCAUUCUCUGCUAGUUUGGCUAAAGCUUUUGGUUCUGCUACAAACAUGGUUGCUACUUCUCUCGACUCUAGAGGAUUUUUGUUCAGAAAUUAUAAGAAGGCAAUGUCCAAUAUCCAUGAAUUGAGGACAAGGGGAUGCAGGAUUUUGCAUGGUGUUGAUGCAACUGAAAUGGCAAAUCAUUACAGCCUUGGAGGAAUUAAAUUUGAUCGAGUCAUUUACAACUUCCCACAUGCUGGAUUUUAUUCUGACGAACCUGGCGAAUCCCAGAAACGCCGGCAUCAAUUGCUGAUAAGCUUAUUUUUUAAGAAUGCUAAGGUGAUGAUCGAUGAGAGUGGUGAAAUUCACGUGACGCAUAAAUCCAAUGCUUUCUUUCUGGGUUGGAAUUUACGAGGUCUAGCCUCUGCUGUUGGGCUCAGGCUCAUAGAAGAGGUGCCAUUCAAUUUCACCGACUAUCCAGGCUAUCGCACCAAAUAUGGCUUUGGUGGUGACAAGAAUUUCAACUGCAAUCCUAGCAAAACUUACAAAUUUGGCCUAUUUCCACGGCCGGUGGCCUCGAGUUCCAACCCCACUCUUAACCCAAACACCAAAAAUAGAAAAAGCUGAUGCCGAUAAACCUUUAUUCGACCCUUUGUUAAUGUCCACUUCAAGGCCAAGGUUGUCAAUGUAGACCUUGUAAUAUCUGAAGAAAGGAUUGCCAGGCUAUUGUACGAAGUUCAUACUUUAUUGUUUAUAGAGAAUGGCAUGAUCUUUGGUGAACCUUGCAUCAUAUAUGGUGUAAAGGAUUUGCAAUAUCUAAAUAUAUAAUGUUAUGUGAAUUGGUAUCCUAUCAAAAGAGUAAUAUAAAGUAUAAUUAUGAUCACACCACGUCCAUAAACAUGUUUCACCUGUAAUUUUGAUGUAUGAUCACACCAUGUUCAUACAGAAUGAAAUGAAGAUUGCUAAAAGGGUUGUGCUUACUUGUAAGUGUGGUAAAGAAUAAUAUUGGACCAUUUGGAUGCGAAAAGUGAUCAAUAGAAAAGUGAUACAUCUCACUUCUAUU